UGCCAGUCAAAAACGUCAGCGUCCUCGCGACAUGUCUCUUGCGGAGCCACCACACACCAUGGAGAUAGCACAGAUCCUGAUAUCAUUGCUCCACGCGUGGGGCCUAGACCCAGACCUGGACAGGGUCUGCGAGUCGAAGCUUGGAUUGUUGAGGCCUAUGGUACCAGUCUGCUUCGGUGUGGUCUCCCGCCAUGGUCACAUGGCUGUCCAGCUCCCUACAUGGCUCGGUAGCUGGUCCGCCGCCUGCGCUUCAGCUCCUGACGACCCGUUACUCAUCACUUCAGAUCUUCCACCUGAGCUUGUUCGCCAGGAGAAGUUGACCAGAUUAUUCUCAUCGAAGCUCCACUGGGAGUUGAGCACGACGCUGACAACGAACCACCUGCUCUCCAUCGUGGCUCUAGCCAACACACUCAUGUCGAUGAGCAACGCCAGCUUUGUGCCUGAACAAGAAGUCAUUCGAAGAUUACACAGGAACUCCUCAUCAUGGGCAGCAGACGAGGAGAGGGAGGAACAGCUGGCCGCCCAGCAGGCCCACAUCAAGCAAGGAUGGUCUCUAUUGGCCACGCUACACUGUGUAUUGUUGCCUGACAAGGUUGUCGCUGCAGGAGCGAAGAGUUUCAAGCGUCCACAAGUGGAGAUGUUGGCUCGACGCUGGCAACAUCACUGUCUGGAGGUACGAGAAGCUGCGCAGGCGCUGCUACUGGCUGAACUUGGCAGACUUGGUCCGAAGGGCCGCAAGACGCUGGUGGACAACUGGGCACAGUUCCUCCCUCUGUACACGCACACAGAGAGCAUCAACCCACACGCGGCGCACAAGGAACCGGCAGAGAAGAUACAGCAAGUUCAAGAAGAAGAGUUUGAAGAAGAAGAAGAGGAGAUAAUCCGCAAGCCGUCUUCUCUCGCAGAGCUGAAACGCAAGCAGACCACUGCGGUCGUACUCUUGGGUGUCAUUGGAGCUGAGUUUGGCCAGGAUAUUACUAGUGAAGGCGCUGCUGGCAAUAAGAGGCGUAAGGAUGGAGACAGUCGGAAGAGCUCCGUGGUCGAAGGCUUCACUUUAAGCUCAUCAAAUAACCUAGCCCGUCUGACGGCGCUAGCGCUAACCCAUCUACUUCUAAGCCCGGCCUGCCCGCGCUUACCCGCGCACACUCCGCUGCGGCGCGCGGCCGUGGACCUGCUGGGACGUGGGUUCACUGUCUGGGAACCGUAUUUGGAUGUCAGCCAUGUGCUUCUAGGUCUGCUGGAGAUGUGUUGCGACGCGGACAAGUUGGUCCCGUCGAUGACGUACGGCCUGCCGCUGACGCCGCAGGCAGACUCCUGCCGGACGGCCAGGCACGCACUCACGCUCAUCGCCACCGCCAGACCCGCGGCGUUCAUAACGACGAUGGCCCGCGAGGUGGCGCGCUGCGCGGCGGCGGCGCAGUCGGGGCAGCCGUCGGCCGCCUACCUCGCGCUGCACAAGGGCCGCGCCGAGGUCCUGCGCGGCAUCGAACUACUCAUCGACCGCAUGCACAACGAGGUCGCCGAGCUACUCGUCGAGGUCAUGGACAUUAUCCUGCACUGCGUGGACCAAUCCCACCUGAAGAGCAAGGGCCUCAACGAGGUGUUCCCGGCCAUCUGUAGAUACAACCAGGUCUCACACUGCCCCGCCACCAGGAGGAUUGCGGUGGGCAGCCACACGGGCCAGCUGGCCAUGUACGAGCUCCGCGCCGGGCGCUGCCAGUCGCUGGCGGCCCACAGCGGGCCCGUCACGGCCUGCGCCUUCAGCCCCGACGGACGGUACCUCGUCUCCUACGCCACCGCCGACAACAGGCUGUCGUUCUGGCAGAGUACUGCUGGUAUGUUCGGUCUAGGCGCAGCGCAGACCCGUUGCGUAAAAUGCUACAGUACAGCUCCAAUGGCGGACGUAGCCAGACUCAAUCCCGCACGCCUAGCCAGACUCGUCUGGACUAAUUCCAGAACUGUCACCCUUAUGUUAGCUGACGGCUCGGAAACUAGGUUUAAUGUGUAAAUAUUGUGAAUGAAAUAUUAUUUUUUUUUCAUGUUAGACAAAUAAUUUGAAUUAUUGAUCAACAGAUUAGUUUCGAUUUUUAUUAUAACUACCGUAAGACACUCACGCAAAUAUUGAGAAGGUCUACUAGUUGCGAGUCACAGAGGGACUCUUCUUCGUAAGCAUCAUGCGCUGACGCAGCGACGUCGCACAGUCUACUAUGUUUAACUUGAAACUAGUAGGUUUUCUCAAUAUUUGCGGCAUUUUUUGUGGAGGGAAAAUUAUCCAAUGACUUCUUCCGUAUUGGGUGAAGCGAGAGGAAGAGUCAGACUCUUACUGACUAAAUACCACCCCGUUUCUACCCCUGUAUAGUGCCGGAGCCAGGGUUGCAACUUGGAGUGUUUAAUUUGUGCCUGGUCUACGGUAAAGAUUUAUCCCCUAUUACGUGGGACUCGUUUACAUAACUGUACAUUGUGCAUCUAUUUCGUACAUUAAAUGGCGUUAUGUCUACUCAAGAGCAACUUUCUUCUAUUACACAACAACUGUAAAUCAUACAAAUAUUUGUAUCGCACGGGAAGGGAACUUGCAUAGUUAUUUGUCUAACAUCAAAAUAAAAUAAACUAUUAAGUCAUGUAUAAAAACUAGUUAAAAAGUAUUUAAAAAUGUUAUCUAAAUAUUACUACUAAUGCGUUAAUUAAAUCUACCAAUUUUUGGUAUUUUUUAGCUAUGGCAACCGUAUUAAAAUGGUUUGUUGAUCUGGCAACAUCACGAUAACUGUCAAGAUACAUUUGAAAAUCGAAAUAUUGGUGUGUAUUGUUAUUUUGCAGAGAAAAUUAAUAUAUUUUGAAUAUGUGUAAUGUAACUAUAAUAAUUAUUUUAAAUUAACGUUUAGUUUUAGUCUUAUUCGGUAUUUAGUUGAAAUUCAUGUAACAACUAAAACAAUUUUAAGGCUUUGACUGCCAAUAAAAAAAUUUUUGAAGGCAAAUCCUCAGGUAACUUCAGUCACCGUUGACUCCAAUGGCGUUUAUGUAUUAAUGAUACUUGGUACCUACUCAUACAUAGUAUAUCAAAGUCUAAAAAGUUAGUUACGAACAUUUACAAAAUACCUUUUUAUAAUAACUAUCGCGAGACAUACAAAAUUAACUAAAAAUCUCGUAAAUAUUGACAAAAGCUCUACUAGUUUCGAGUCACAGAGGGACUCUUCUUCACGAGCAGCGUGCGCGGGCGUGGUGACGUUGCGCAGCCCACUCUGUUUAACUCAAAACUAGUAGGUUUUCUCAACUCGUCACGCAGCCUACUACAGAAGCAUCUCUGUCUCGGAACUAGUAGAGAUUUUCUCAUUAAUGCGGUAUUUUAAAAAAAAUUUGAGUGAGCUCUUCAAGCAAGCGUGAUUUUAAAUUUGUAUGAAAAUUCUCUGUAAUCAUUUUUUAAAUGUAAUUUGCUAAUUUUAUAGAGCUUAAUAUAUUCUGUAUGAGCUUUCUUAUUUUUUUCCGUCUAGUGUCGAGACACUAUUAAAAUUUAUCGAUAUAUCGACAAUAAUUGUUAAUUUUUUCGAUAAAUGACGAAUGUUAUAAGAGUAAUGUUAAAAUGCUAUGUUGUAUUAACAAACAACUAAUCAAUAAUAAUUAACGUUAUUAUAGUUUUUCUGUAUAUUUAUCUUAAUAUUGUUAAUUUAUUACUAUGCUAGAAUACUGUGCUAAUAUGUAAAAACUAUGUCUGAUUCCAUAAAGGUAAUAUUUACUGAAAAUAUUACAUUUUUGCAAGAAAAAUGUGGUGAUUUUAGUUUUUAUCGGUUGACUGUUUAGCAUUAGGUCUCUGAUUCAAUUCUCAAAUUGAGAAAACAAGUAUUACUUUCUUAGAGUUAUAUCUACUUUCUUUAUCUAGACACCACUGACAAACGAUAAAGGAAAGACAUCGUGAGGGAACCUGGGCUUAUAAUGUUUAAUUGUAAGGUUGAAAUUAUCGACCCUCAUUGAGCAAGCGUGAUGAUUAAUGCUCAAACCGUCUCCGUGUGAGAAGAGGCCUUUGGUCAGCAGUGGCUACUAAUAUGAUUUUCAGUUUAGAAGUGCUCAAUGAUGAACACGAAGCUUGUCAUCAUCAUCAUCUAAAUAAUCAACAGCCUAUAAAUGCCCACUGCUGAGCAAAGCCUCUU